AUGUUCGGAAGCCAAGCCUUGUUCUUGUACUCGGACCAGCCACCUGCGCAACCUCCGGCUUCACCAUCGAGACUCGUCAACGGCGGGCCCCUGCCUAACAACAGCGAUUGUAAUUUUCCGUCGAUCGUCCCAUCCUGCGGCGACAGGGAAAUGGCAGAGCCAGGCCAUUCUACUAAUUUCAAUGCCAUCGAUAGUAACAAUACGUCUUCAGCGCUAUCGGCUAUGAGCAACGAUAUCCUUCCUCGCCUUCACACGUCCUCUAGCACUCUCUCUCAUUCCUCCUUUGCGGAUGUGAUUGACACGAAUGCCACUCCAUCCACACCGUUAUCCGGACUCUCAAACCACGACUAUCCCCAAAUCCCAUUCUCCCGCUCUCCAGCGAAAACCCCCAUAGCCUCCCAUACCCAUGCGCAUUCGCGGAGCGUAGAUAUCGGAUCACUGCGCUCGUCUGGCCUUCUCAAAUAUACCGUUGUAAAUUCGCCGAUUGAUGGUCAGCCGGGGGGAAACACGGUGAUCGACAUUUCUCAAGGACAAAAGAGGACAGCUAGUGGAGAGGUGAAAUCAACCGGAUCCCCAAUAUUUAUCCGAAGUCCAGAAUCAGUCAUGGCUACUCGCCGAUCUGGGACAAUGAGCACCGAUUCAAAUAGUAGCAGAAUUUCGGAGUUAUCCGCCCAACUCCGCGCUCGUUUAUCUUACGCGGCAGCGAAAGUCGAAAAAGAUUGGCCAAUCCGCCAGCUAGAAGAAACACAUGCAGUCCCUCCACGAUUUGGCUGUUCAUCCGCGUCGCAGUCUCCCCUGCCAUUAGGGUUCAAAAGCCCAUUCCGAUCUCCGAAAGGAGCUUCACACUCACGAGGCCGACAUAGUAUUAGUAGCACUUUACAAGACAAUGGAUUGCCCAAGCUCCGGAAUCCUAAUUUCACUCACAUGACAUCAUCUAUGUCUCCAACGAACGCAUCUGCGCGUCGUAACAAAUCCUCUUCACCGAAUAGACGUGCUAGCACAUAUAUUCCGCCCCCCGUUGCCUUCGCAAAUUCUGAUCCACCACGCCUUGCUCCGCCCGCUGAUAUUGUAUCUGGGAACGGCAAUGCAACGCGUCGCCGACCAAAUCCCAAUGACACCCUAUUACAAACCGCGUCGGCGAACCAGAACUACCAUCCUCGAAAUGAGUCGUUUGCAGAUGGGGGAUAUUCCGUUUCAUCUACCCAGACGACUACUUCGACUGUGGCCAUUCUCGACACAUCGCCGGAUUCGCAACCCCAAUUAUCUCGCCAAUCCGCGACUCCAUCUUCCAUCACAGCUUCCACCACCACCACGAGGCCAGUUCCGAAACAAAGAACGCCAUCCCAAAAUGCGCUUAUGGAAAAGGAUGCUAUUGAAACUUUACUGUUCAUGUCAAGCCCUGAAAAUUCAGGGUAUCAUCCAAGCUCCCAGCAAACGCAACAGAAUGAGUAUCGCGGCAUGCAUCUUACUCUUCCUUCGCCUUCCUUACCCAGACCCUCAUCCCAACAGUCCUCCCCUAUCGAGGGUCGUUUGGGUCUGGGGAUCCGCCAUAACACCCCGAAUGCGAUCCGUCCCGCUCGCAAGGUCAGUUUUGCCGAUGACACGAGCAACAGUUCGAGCGAUGCGCAUCCAAGAAAUGGGCCUAGCGGCCUACGGGAACAUGAAGCAGGCGAUGCGAUUGACCGUAUGCUAGACGAACUUGGUGAUAGCGAUAGUGAAUCGGAAAGUGACUGGCUUAUGCGCUUUAUGAGCCAGUCUGGCGGCGAAUCAAUGCGGCCGAGUAGUCGUGGUUAA